CCGUACCCCGCCCAGUUCGUACCUUAUGCGACGUUUUGGAGCAGAGUCUGUACCUCGGUGAUUCGCUCACCAGUCUGCGUGGGUAUUUACACCCGUGGUGUAGCUACAACAACAAGGGCGCAAACAUGGACCUUGUGGAUCUUGCCAUGCAAGGGCUCUCCGUCUUUGGAUUCAUUCUUUUUCUCGUACUCUGGUUUAUGCAUUUCAUGUCCAUCAUCUAUGUCCGACUCUGUCUCAAUAAGAAGAGCCGUGACAAGCAGCCCUACAGUAAGCUGGCGGGGGUCUCUCUACUGAAGCCUCUGAAAGGAGUAGACCCCAACCUCAUCAAUAACCUGGAGACCUUCUUUGAGCUCGACUACCCCACGUAUGAGAUCCUGUUAUGUGUGCAGGACUAUGACGACCCAGCCGUUGAUGUGUGUAAAAAGCUCCUGGGCAAAUAUCCCAACGUAGAUGCCAGGUUGUUUAUAGGAGGGAAGAAGGUUGGCAUCAACCCAAAGAUUAAUAACCUGAUGCCAGGUUAUGAGGGGGCGAAGCAUGGCCUGGUGUGGAUUUGCGACAGCGGAAUACGAGUGAAACCGGACACCCUGACAGAUAUGGCCUAUCAGAUGACGGAGAAGGUGGGGUUAGUCCAUGGCCUUCCCUACGUGGCCGACAGACAGGGCUUCGCUGCUACACUAGAACAGGUGUAUUUUGGCACGUCCCACCCGCGCUCCUACAUCUCAGCCAAUGUGACGGGUAUUAAGUGUGUGACCGGAAUGUCCUGUCUGAUGAGAAAAGAUAUCCUGGACCAGGCUGGAGGGCUGAUCGCCUUCGCUCAAUACAUCGCUGAGGACUACUUCAUGGCGAAGGCUAUCGCUGACAGGGGAUGGAAGUUCUCCAUGGCAACACAGGUAGCCAUGCAGAACUCUGGGUCCUAUUCGAUUGCUCAGUUCCAGUCCCGCAUGAUCAGAUGGGCCAAGCUUCGUAUCAACAUGCUCCCCGCCACCAUCUGUGAGCCCAUCUCAGAGUGUUUCCUAGCCAGCCUGAUCAUUGGCUGGGCCGCGCAUCACGUGUUCCACUGGGAUAUUAUGGUCUUCUUCAUGUGCCACUGUCUGGCGUGGUUCAUCUCUGACUACAUCCAGCUCCGAGGAGUUCAGGGCGGUGCACCGGCCUUCUCCAAACUGGACUACGCUGUAGCCUGGUUCAUCAGAGAGUCCAUGACCAUCCAGAUCUUUCUAUCGGCCCUGUGGGACCCCACCAUCAGCUGGAGAACGGGGCGCUACAGGUUACGAUGCGGAGGUACGGCCGACGAGAUCCUGGACGUAUAGCUACCUGCACGAGUCCCACCUACAGAGACAAUACCCUGUAUCCAAUCACCCCCAGAGACAAUACCAGACACAGACUGAACCGAUUUCCCAGAUGGCACCCUAUUCCCUACAUAGUGCACUUUCUGACCCGGGCCCACACUUGCCCGUACAUUCUGCUCUGCUCAACAGUAGUGGACUAUUUAAGGAAUAGGGUACAGUUAGGGACGCGUCCAAAGAGAUGGUGACAUUGAGAAGAAGAAAGAAACAGCUAUGGAAUCAUCCAAAGUGUUGGCUGUUUUUAACCCGUGUGUUAAAAUGUUUGAAAUCUUUAUGUUACUGGUCCUCUUCUUUCCUGUUUUUAAAACUCUUGCUUGGACUAUUCUCCAACGGGCCCAUGGCAGGAGAGAAGGGCUGUGUCCCAAAUGCACCCUGUUCCCUAUAUAGUGCACUACUUUUGACCAGAGCCCUAUGGGCCCUAUAAAGGGAUUAGGUUGCCAUUUGUAAAUAGCGUAACUCUCUUCAGCCAGUCUUUGGGGAUAAGAUGUGCACUUCCUACAGUAAGCUUCACUGGGCUAUCAUUAAAUCAUUGAAGCAAUCCUCAUCGUCCCGUGAAGCAAUCCUCAUCAACCCGUGAAGCAAUCCUCAUCAUCCCGUGAAGUUCCUCUGACUGUCUGGUCUGUCAUUUUAAACAGAAGAAGACGGAUUAUAAAGUUUAGGCUGAAACCUUUUUUGGGGAUUUAAACGUGUAUUUUGGUGGGAAGAAAUGUUUUCCAUAUGUUUCUAUCCCCCCCUAUUAAUUUCAUUGGUGUCACAUUGUGUAGUGUGGAAGUUCUGUAGCUGUAGUCCACAACGGCAUCCUGUUCCCUAUCUUUUACUGUUUUUGACCUAGUCCCAUAUAUAGCUCUGUAGUGCACUAUGUAGGGUGAACAGGGUUGCAUUUGUGACACAGCCUAGGUCUUUUGUCGUGUGACUGUAUACGUAGUGUGACUACUGUGCUACCAGGCUUAGACUCUGGGGUUAGAUGGUAAACCUACACAUACAACAGAAUACCUUGUAGACUCUGGGGUUAGAUGGUAAACCCAUACAUACAACAGAAUUCCUUGUAAAGUGAAUACUUUUUAAAUCGAUAUUAUAUGUCCUCAGGACAAUUUAUAUCUCUCUCUCCCUCUCCCUCUCUCUCUGUCUCUCUCCCUCUCUCUCUCUCUCUCUCUCUCUCUCUCUCCCUCUCCCUCUCUCACUGCCCAUGUAGCCUCCCUGUCUCUCUCUCUCACUGCCCAUGUAGCCUCCCUGUCUCUCUCUCUCUCUCUCUCACUGCCCAUGUAGCCUCCCUGUCUCUCUCUCUCUCUCUCUCUCUCUCACUGCCCAUGUAGCCUCCCUGUCUCUCUCUCUCUCACUGCCCAUGUAGCCUCCCUGUCUCUCCCUCUCUCUCCCUCUCUCACUGCCCAUGUAGCCUCCCUCUCUCUCUCUCUCUCUCACUGCCCAUGUAGCCUCCCUGUCUCUCUCUCUCUCUCUCUCUCUGCCCAUGUAGCCUCCCUGUCUCUCUCUCUCUCUCUCUCUCUCUCUCUCUCUCUCUCUCUCUCUCUCCCUCUCCCUCUCUCACUGCCCAUGUAGCCUCCCUGUCUCUCUCUCCCUCCCCAGGCUGUCUGGACAUAGAGCAGUAUUGUGAAGUCAGAUAAUCAGCUGCUGUUCAUUAUGCCAGGAGAUGAAUCAGUAGAGUGGAGCGUUAACAUAUUGAGCUCAGAAAGUCCCUGGAUGUGUCCCAAAUUGGACCAGAGCCCUGGUCAAAAGUAAUGCACUAAAUAGGGGAUAGGGUGCAGUUUGGGACACAAACCCAUUCAUUUACAAUGGUGAGCCAGAUAGCCCCAAUCAGGUCUGGGGGGGAGAGAGGGCAUGUGUUCCAGUGUUAAUGAGGAAUGAUGAGAAGGUUCUGGGUGUCUCCCUAUGGGUCCUAGUCAAAAGAGAGGCCACCUGAGCUCAGAACAGCCUUCAUUCAUCGGGGCAUGGACUCUACAAGGUGUCGAAAGCGUUCCACAGCGAUGCUGGCCCAUGUUGACUCCAAUGCUUCCCACAGUUGUGUCAAGUUGGCUGGAUGUCCUGUGGUUGGUGGACCAUUCUUGAUCCACACGGGAAACUGUUGAGAGUGAAAAACCCAACAGCGUUGCAGUUCUUGACUCAAACCGGUGCACCUGGUACCUACUACCAAACCCUGUUCAAAGGCACUUAAAUCUGCUGUCUUGCCCAUUCACCCUCUGAAUGACACACAUUCACAAUCCAUGUCUCAAUUGUCUCAAGGCUUAAACAUCCUUCUUUCACCUUGUCUCCUCCCCUUCAUCUACACUGAUUGAAGUGGAUUUAACAGGUGACAUCAAUAAGGGAUCAUAGUUUUCACCUGGUCAGUCAAUGUCAUGGAAAGAGCAGGUGUUCUUAAUGUUUUGUACUCUGUGUAUAGGGAAUAGGGUGCCACUCUGUGUAUAGGGAAUAGGGUGCCACUCUGUGUAUAGGGAAUAGGGUGCCACUCUGUGUAUAGGGAAUAGGGUGCCAUUUUGGGAUUUUUUUCCCCCCCUGCCUUAUAGAUACGACUGAACAGAACCAUAUAAAUUCAUCAUGACCAGGCUAGGGAGAUAGUGGUCUGACGGGGUGCAACACCAGGGUCUAAGCCCAGGGAAAGUCUCAGGCCAGACACCAGGGUUUAAGCCCAGGGAAAGUCUCAGGCCAGACACCAGGGUUUAAGCCCAGGGAAAGUCUCAGGCCGGACACCAGGGUUUAAGCCCAGGGAAAGUCUCAGGCCGGACACCAGGGUUUAAGCCCAGGGAAAGUCUCAGGCCAGACACCAGGGUUUAAGCCCAGGGAAAGUCUCAGGCCAGACACCAGGGUUUAAGCCCAGGGAAAGUCUCAGGCCAGACACCAGGGUUUAAGCCCAGGGAAAGUCUCAGGCCGGAGACCAGGGUUUAAGCCCAGGGAAAGUCUCAGGCCAGACACCAGGGUUUAAGCCCAGGGAAAGUCUCAGGCCGGACCAGGGAUACAGAAGCCAUUGAGAUUCCAGAGCCCCAUCAAUAACACAGUGUGAAGGCCAAAUGGCAUGCUAUUCGCUAUGAAGUGCACUAGAUUUGACUGGACCCUGGUCUCGUGAUGGGCCUGGGUCAAACCAAUUUGUAAGUCGCUCUGGAUAAGAGCGUCUGCUAAAUGACUUAAAUGUAAAUGUAAAAUGUAAAACUAGUACACCAUGUAAGGAAUAGGGUGCCAUUUGGGACGUAAAGACUGUCCUUGGUGACAAAGACAGAAGUAACAGCAAUAAGGAAUACAGCAUAGAUUUAAGAUGCGGUAUCUUCCCGUCUCGUAUUGAAACAUUUCAGAUGUUAUUAGAAAGAUGUAUAUAAAUAAAUACAACUUGUUUAUAUAAAUAAAUACAACUUGUUUAUAUAAAUAAAUACAACUUGUGUAGUUCAAUAAGACGUGGAAAACAAUAUUGAAUGGAAUAAUGCCUGUAAGUAAUUGUUAGAAUACUACUUGUUUAGGUUUUUAGUUAGAGCUGAUUAUGCCACAAUGGAUGACAGUAGCAACACGCACCGUGGAGGUUUGAACAAUGUUUGCUACUAGAAUUUAAGGUGCCAUUUUGGGACGAUAGCCUAGGUGAGCAUUAUAUGUAUAUAUGAUCUGGCAGCCAUCUUGCUUCAUGGUUGUGAGUGAUUAUCAGAGCUGUAGUCAGACUGCUGGUCUCCCUCCUCUUUCAACUGUUCUCUUCAUAAAGUAUCUUCUGGUCAAUCUGUUCACCUCAUUGAUUGACAAGUCUACAAUGCACUGUACAUUUCCUAGUUUAGACUUAUUUUGUGUGUGUGUGUGCGCGUGUGUGUGUGUGUGUGUGUGUGUGUGUGUGUGCGCGCGUGUGUGUGUGUGUGUGUGUGUGUGUGUGUGUGUGUGCGUGUGUGUGCGUGUGUGUGCGUGUGUGUGCGUGUGUGUGCGUGUGCGUGCGUGUGUGUCCAUGCUAUUGAUGGCCUUUGUGAACAUUGCAAAUAAAAUAAAAAAUAUUGUAUUAUU